AUGUCAAGUGUUGUCCAACGACGAAGUCGUAGACUUCAGGAGAAAAAUAAGGUGGAGCUCGAUGAUAAAUCAUGGACUACUACGGAUCUCUUGAGUAGCUCUGUGGCAAAUUACAGUAUAAUAGAGAGAAAUACUGCUAUUUCUUCUCCCAGGAAGAACACGAGAAAAAGGAAAAGAAAUAUUUCCACUUCUGAAGAUCAGUUACAGAAUGUUGUGGUAAAGCAAACAGUAAAAGUUAAAGGUGGUAAACAGGAUGAAAAGUUGAAAAAUAAAAGUGCUGUUAAAGAAGCAAAACAAAAACGGCGGUUUCCGAAGAAGGGUAGAACUGGAAAGAUACAAGAUUUCACACCAAAAAAGGAACUAAAUAAAAAAGAAAAAUGUAAAGAUGCUACGCCUAAUUUAUCAUGCGAUGGAAAUAGUUCUACUUGUUCGGAUGAUGAGUGGGAAGAUGUUGAUGAAUUCGAUUUCUGUAACACUGCUGCAACAUUAACUGAUUCAAUUGAAGUAACAAUUAAAAAACCAAAAGUGAAAGUAAAGGCGAUCGAAACGGUGGAAGCUCGAAGAGCACGCUUUAUCAGGCAACAUGUCAAUCAAAAACUUCGUGAACGGCUAACCAAUUGCCACAAGAUGCACUUGCUUUGUUAUAUUGCACAUUUGCGUAUAUGGGUAAAGACAUUAUUGCGCGAACAGCAUUUGGUGUCACUGUGUUUAUCAGUGAUACCUGAACAACUUUUCUCAGCAGCUUGUCCUAAUUUCAAUAUUACAGUAGCAGAAAAUUUUCUUCAUUGGUUCAAAACAACAUAUCAAUCAGCCGAAAAAGUUUGUGUGGCUAAGGGUGAUUUCACUAAUGCUCAGCUGCAUCGGUUGGAAGAAUUAAUUGCUGGACAGUUUUAUGAGACCGAUAAAGAUUUGGCAUCUCUCUUAUUUUUGAAUCUCAUUGCUCUGAAACAAACAGCUCGCAUUUGUCUAUCGUGUCAGCCAAUGCCGUUCAAACUGACAGUGCGACGGCCUUUAGAAGCGGUUCAGUCUCUCAUCGAUUAUUAUGGGUCAAGAAAGCUUACAGCUAAUGAUUAUAUGGAAUGGCCGGAAAAACUAGAAGAGACGGUAGAAAAAAUUGUACUCUUUGGCAACGAAAAUCAAGAUGGAAAUGAUAGUACGUCGGUUGACAAACUGAAUCUGAAAAGAAAUUAUUGGGUGGAAUUUUGGGAUGAGAAUUCGCGUCGCUGGAUAUGUCUGGAUCCAUGGACUGGUUCGACUAAUAAGCCAGAAGCAAUAGAAGCCAAUGCUACCUCACCUGUGCAUUACGUUCUUUGUAUUGAUAACGGCAAAUUUCAAUAUGGAAUGCGUGAUGUAACAGCACGUUAUUCUUCCAAAUAUCUGACACCUACUGUUCGACGAUUGUGGGUAAACCAAGACUGGUGGAAUGAUACAUUAGAGCUUUAUCAAAGUAAAAAUUUAAUGCGUGAGCGACUCGAAGAUGUUGCGAUCCAGGAAUAUCUCUUUUCCAUACCAAAACCAACGUCAGUAUCGGAGUAUAAAAAUCAUCCGUUAUAUGUGUUGGAGAAGGAUUUGUCCAAAUAUGAAGCAAUAUAUCCAGAAAAUCUGCAACCUGUAGGUAAAAUCAAGGAUCUUAAUAUCUAUUUGCGAAGUUCAGUUCAUAAACUUGAGGGUACAAUAAACUGGAUGAAGCAGCUUCGAUCUAUUAAACCUAACGAAAAGCCAUACAGAGUUGUACAAAAAAGGUCCUGCAGUGUCUCAUCAGAAUAUGGUGGACCGAAAACUGUUGAUUUAUACGGCCGGUGGCAAACGAUGCCAUAUAUCACUCCGAAAGUUGUUGAUGGUCGUGUGCCUCGCAAUGAGUUUGGCAACUUAUACGUUUACAAGAGGAGUAUGGUACCAGACGGUUGUGUUCAUCUGCAGUUGAAUGGAUUGGUAGCUAUAGCUCGCCAACUUGGUAUUGACUGUGUUCCGGCGGUUGUAGGAUGGAAUCACUGUAGAGGGGGUACUCAUCCUGUUCUCGACGGAUGCGUAGUUUUAAAGAAGCAUGAAGAUGAGCUUCGAGAAGCUUGGUCGAAGCAAUAUGAAAAAAAGAAAUUAGCCGCAAAAUUGAGGCGAACACAACGAGCUAUGAAAAACUGGCGGAGGUUGGUGAAGGGACUGCUAACGUUGAGAAAAGUUCGUGCUAGAUUUGCUUCUAAGGAUCACCGUUUGUUGCUGGUUGACGAAAAAUUAGAGAAUGAUGAAAAAGUUGAGGAGAACGCGACAAUGGCAAAUGAUGAAGAAACACUUGCUUGGCCGCCAACUGUAUACAGCUUGCCCGAUGUUAAUUCGAAAUAA